AUGGCCGCACGCAUGGCCGCAGGCCGCAUGGCCGCACGCACGACCACAGGCCGCAAGGCACACGCACGGCCGCACGCACGACCGCAGGCCGCAAGGCGCACGCACGGCCGCAGCCUGCCCGCCGCAGCGUCGGCCGCACGCCGCACUCUCGCGCGCCCGUCGAGGCGGCCGCGCCCGCCCGCCCAGCGCGCGCCCGCCCGUCGCGCUCACGGCCACCGUGCGCACCCGCCUAGCGCACGCCUGCCUGCCGCGCUCGCGAGUCGCGCCCGCCGCGCCUGCCCGCUUGCCUUCGCGCGCCUGCCCGCCCGACGCCCGUCGCGGCUGCCGCGCCUACCCGCCCAGCGCGCGCUCGCCCGCCACGCUCGCGCCCGUCGAGGCCGCCGCACUCGCACCCCGCCCGCCUGCCUGGCCGCCCGGCGCCCGCAGCACACCCGCCGCCGCAGCACGCCCAAACUGAAACACCACAACAGGGAGAACAGCUGA